UAUGGAUUAAUAAUAAACAGAGUAAGACAAACUUGAAUCAAUAGCUACUCCAGGAGUGUUAGAUAAAUAUUAAAAUGCUGGUAAAAUUGUAAAUGGUAAAUUUUUUAAUUGAUUAUUAUAUAGUUGUACUUGAAAAAGUGAUCACUAAAUUAUUGCCAGAAGCUGAUAUUGCUACUAUUUGUGCAUUUGGUGACUCAGAAAUCAAUGGAGAAUUACAAAAAGUUUAUAACAAGAAAGGAAUUGAAAAAGGUUUAGCAUUCCCAACAACAAUUUCUGUAAAUUAAAUUUGCGGUCAUUAUUCUCCAUUAAAGAGUGAAUCAAGUAAACUCGUUAAGGGUGAUGUAGCCAAAAUGUAAAUGUUAAUAAUGAUUUCCUAGUGAAUUAGGAGUUCAUAUUGAUGGAUAUAUUGCCAUUGCAGCACACACAGUAGUAGUAGGUGAAGAUUAAGUAGAAGGAUAAAAGGCAGAUGUUAUAUUGGCAGCCUAUUAAUCAGUCUAAGCUUUAUUCAGAUCAAUAAAACCAGGAGUCACAAAUACAUCUUUAACUAAAAUUAUUUAAUAAAUAUCAGAUGAUCACAAAUGUACACCAUUAGAGGGUGUUUUGAGUCAUGAAGUUAAGAGACAUUUUAUUGAUGGAAAUAAAGUCAUUAUCAAUAGAGAAACACAAGAAUAAAGAGUAGAUGAGGAAGAAAUCUAAGUUAAUGAUGUUAUUGUUUUAGAUGUCUAUAUUACAACAGGAGAUGGAAAAACAAAAGAAGUAUUAAAUAAUUUAAUUAAAUUAGUCUGAAUUAAGAACUACUGUUUACAAAAGAGCUUUGGAUAGAUAAUAUCAAUUAAAAACUAAACAUGGAAGAGCCUUCAUGUAAGAAGUCUAUGAUAAAUACCCAUCUUUAUGUUUCUCAUUAAGAUCAUUUGAAGAUGAAAUUACUGCUAAAUUGGCUGUUUAAGAAUGUGCUAAACAUGAAUUAUUAAACCCAUAUCCAGUUUUAAUCAGUCCAAAUAGUAUUGUAGCAUAAUUCACAAUGACUGUUGCUGUCUUAGCUAAUAGCACUCUUUAAGUUUCUGGACUUAAAUUAGAUGAAACCAAAUUUAAACCUGCUCAUGAUAUUAAUGAUGCAGCACUCAAAGAUUUAUUGAAAGUAUAUUAUACAAUUCUAAUGUUUCUAGUUACCUAUGGACAAGGAAUCACAAAAAAAAAGACAUUUAGAGUCAAAAUAAAAAGCUUGAUAAUAUAUAUCAAUUGGAGUAAUAUAGGUAUAUUAGUAAUAUAUUAUCUCAUAUUUANGCCAGAAGCUGAUAUUGCUACUAUUUGUGCAUUUGGUGACUCAGAAAUUAAUGGAGAAUUACAAAAAGUUUAUAACAAGAAAGGAAUUGAAAAAGGUUUAGCAUUCCCAACAACAAUUUCUGUAAAUUAAAUUUGCGGUCAUUAUUCUCCAUUAAAGAGUGAAUCAAGUAAACUCGUUAAGGGUGAUGUAGCCAAAAUGUAAAUGUUAAUAAUAAUGUCCUAGUGAAUUAGGAGUUCAUAUUGAUGGAUAUAUUGCCAUUGCAGCACACACAGUAGUAGUAGGUGAAGAUUAAGUAGAAGGAUAAAAGGCAGAUGUUAUAUUGGCAGCCUAUUAAUCAGUCUAAGCUUUAUUCAGAUCAAUAAAACCAGGAGUCACAAAUACAUCUUUAACUAAAAUUAUUUAAUAAAUAUCAGAUGAUCACAAAUGUACACCAUUAGAGGGUGUUUUGAGUCAUGAAGUUAAGAGACAUUUUAUUGAUGGAAAUAAAGUCAUUAUCAAUAGAGAAACACAAGAAUAAAGAGUAGAUGAGGAAGAAAUCUAAGUUAAUGAUGUUAUUGUUUUAGAUGUCUAUAUUACAACAGGAGAUGGAAAAACAAAAGAAGUAUUAAAUAAUUUAAUUAAAUUAGUCUGAAUUAAGAACUACUGUUUACAAAAGAGCUUUGGAUAGAUAAUAUCAAUUAAAAACUAAACAUGGAAGAGCCUUCAUGUAAGAAGUCUAUGAUAAAUACCCAUCUUUAUGUUUCUCAUUAAGAUCAUUUGAAGAUGAAAUUACUGCUAAAUUGGCUGUUUAAGAAUGUGCUAAACAUGAAUUAUUAAACCCAUAUCCAGUUUUAAUCAGUCCAAAUAGUAUUGUAGCAUAAUUCACAAUAACUGUUGCUGUCUUAGCCAAUAGCACUCUUUAAGUUUCUGGACUUAAAUUAGAUGAAACCAAAUUUAAACCUGCUCAUGAUCUUAAUGAUGCAGCACUUAAAGAAUUAUUGAAAGUAUAUUAUAUAAUUCUAAUGAUUUUAGUUACCUAUGGACAAGGAAUCACAAAAAAAAAGACAUUUAGACUCAAAAUAAAAAGCUUGAU